GUCGUACGGUUUGGUGUCGCACGCUUUUGUAUCGAUUUAACCCCUGUUUGUUGUGUAUCGUGUGUGCGUUUGUGUAAAUCUCUGUUGUUCUUUUACAACCAAACAAAAAAGUGCAAUUUUAUAAUUAAAUAAAAAAGCAAAUAUUUUUAAAUUAAAAUAGUACAAUUGAGUAUGAUCAAAAUGAAGGAGAAAUAACAAAUUAUUUUAAAUAAAUAACAAAUUGAAUUUAAACAAAAGUUUCAAAAAACAAACACAAAAGAAAACGACCUUGAAUUAAAUGUUAAAAUCAUUUACCAGAAGAAGAAAAAUAAUAAAAAAAGGCCUUUCUUUUGGAAAGCAUAACAACAAGAAAUAAAUAGUUGCAAAAAUUAUCAAGUGUGAGAAAAUAGUGCAAUAUUUAAAAGAAAGUUAUUUAUUUUAAUAAAAAACUAACAAAAUUUCUAAGGGUUUAGGAAUUGUUUUUGUUAUUUCUUUAAUUUUCUUGUUCGCCAGGAAAAAUUCUAUUUGAACAAAGGAGCAUAGUGUUGUUUGUGUAGUGUGUGUGUUUGUGCCUGACAGUUGGCGUGCGAAAACGUAAAAAGAAAGAGCAUAAGAAGUAAAAAAGUAAAAGGAACCAGAAAAAACUGAACAAGGAGCAAACAUUGCGGGGGUGAUUUGAUAUUAUUUGGCCACAGGCAAUGUAAAGUAAAUCAAGCAAAACAAAAUAAAAAUAACAACAACAAAUGUUUGUAUUACAACAAAAACUAAAAAACAAGGAAUUCUUAAAGGGCGUCUCUUCUUUAUACAUAAAUAACGACUAGGUACAACAUGAUGUUAAUGUAACUGCAUUAAAUUUUAUAUCGAGGAUUUCAUCUGGUUAUUUUCCAUAAUAUUAUAACUACAACAAUAAUAACAAAAAAACAGCAACUAUUGACCACCGCAACCGGUUUUUUUCAUUCAUUCAUAAGAAGAAAUUAUUGGAAGUGAAGACCUAAAGAACAACACGAUUCGUAGAGCUUAAACGGCAAUAUUCGAUUUCCCAAAGUCAAUAACAAAAGAUACAACAAGAACAAGAAAAAGUUCUAAAGAUGCCACCGACGGUAGCUGAUAUUUGACAUAAAAAAUUUAACAAGUAUUAAAAACAAACCACAAAAUACAAUUAACAAGUAAAGAAACCAAAAUAAAAUAAAAGAUAAACAGACUUUAUAAGAAACAAACAAAACAAAAAAAAAAAAAAAAAAAAAUCAACGGCUAAGAAUCUCUGGACAUGGCUGACAAGCAGUUAAAUUAGUUUUUAAGAUUGACAUAAAGCCCUUGUUGUAUUUGUACGACAACAAAUACAAACAGAAUUUACAGGGCUUAGAGCAAAAAAACAAAACAAAAAUCUCAUAUAAACAGUCAAUAUAAAUUAAAUAAACGAUAUCGAAUACUAUAGGGUUUUUUUGUAUUCAACGAAUUCUUCUCAAAUAACCCCCAACGGUACAAAAACAAAACCAAAAAAAAAGAAUUUAAUCCUUUUUGAAUCCCAAAAUUAAAGCCGUGAGAGAGCGAAAAACUCGUAUCGAACAAGCAAACAGCAAGUGAAUGAACAGCGGUCAACCAACCAACCUACCAAAACCAAACCAAAACGAGCGACCAUUGAAGCCAACAAAUAAACAGCAUGACAUUUAAAAUAUUUCGACGUGGUUCUGCACGUUGUAUUGGUUUACUAUCGGCUUUUAUAACUAUACUAUUAUGUCUUUACUAUAUCUCUAUGGGUCAACCCUCCAUACAGCCCAAAGAUCCCCUACAGGCCAGUUUAUUAACAGGACAGCAAGCAACUUUAAUAACAUCAGCGAAUGGUGGCACUGGUUCAAUGCAGCAGCAACAACAUUAUAAUAAAAAUUAUGCAUCGCAUAAAAUGAAAUACAACGACAAUGAAGAUAAUACAGCUUCAGUAUCAUACAGACAACAACAAAAGCAGCAGCACCAGCAGCAGCAGCAGCAACAACAUAAAUUGAUAGCCAAAUCUGCUUUAUAUAGCAAUGACCCAGCUUUACAAUCUGGCAGCAGUAUAACAACUGGUGGAGGGCUAGCAGGUGAUAGUGGCAGUGGUACUGCUUAUGCCUCUAGCAUGUAUGUCAAUAAUCCUCAAUGGGGCGAUAAAUGUUACAUUCUAGAUGAGAGUGAUACAAAUAUUACAGCCCAAGAGGAAUAUGCAAAAUUUGAUUUUCAGCCAGAAUGGAUACGUACCAAGGAGUAUUGGGACAGAGGGUUCGAAGAACGUUUUGAAGCGCAGAAAAAAGAUAAGCAACGACCACCAUUAAAGGUCAUUGUUGUACCACAUUCCCACAACGAUCCCGGUUGGCUAAAAACCUUUGUCAAUUAUUUCCAAAGCGAUUCAAGGCAAAUUUUAAAUUUAAUGGUCACUAAAAUGCAAGAAUAUACCGAUAUGACAUUCAUCUGGUCGGAAAUAAGUUUCCUGCAAUUGUGGUGGGAUCAAGCCCACCCCACUAAACAGAGAGCCUUGAAAAGACUUAUCAAUUCCGGAAGAUUAGAGAUCACUACUGGAGGCUGGGUAAUGACAGAUGAGGCUAAUGUACAUCUUUACGCCAUGUUAGAUCAACUGAUUGAGGGUCAUCAAUGGUUAAAGAAUAAUUUAAAUGUUACCCCCACCGUAGGCUGGUCUAUAGAUCCGUUUGGUCAUGGCAGCACUGUGCCAUACCUUUUAUCGGGUAGUAAUUUUGAAGGAGCUAUAAUACAACGUAUACAUUAUGCCUGGAAACAAUGGUUUGCUAGACAACAGAAGGGUGAUUUUAUAUGGACACCAUAUUGGAAAUUACAAGAUGAGGAAAGUAACAAACGCGGAAGAUUGUUGACACAUAAUAUGCCUUUUGAUAUCUAUUCGAUUAAGGGUUCCUGUGGACCACAUCCUUUUAUAUGUUUAAAUUUUGAUUUUCGUAAAAUUCCCGGAGAAUAUACUGAAUAUUCUAUCAAAGCUCAAUUUAUAACCGAUGAAAAUAUAGAAGAAAAAGCUCAAUUGUUAUUGGAGCAAUACUCCCGUACUGCUUCCUUGUUUCCUCAUAAUGUGGCCCUUAUACCAGUGGGUGAUGAUUUUCGUUAUAACAAGGAACGGGAAGUGGAUCAACAAUAUACGAAUUAUAAAAAAUUAAUCGAUCAUAUAAUGGCCAAUAAGCGUUUGUACAAUGUGGAUAUAGCGUUUGGUACGCCCAAGGAUUAUUUUGCUGAAAUUAAAAAGAGAACCAAAGAAUUUCCCACUUUCAAAGGAGACUUUUUUGUUUAUUCUGAUAUAUUUUCUGAGGGUAGACCAGCUUAUUGGUCUGGUUAUUUCACAACUAGACCUUCAUAUAAAAUUCUCAGCGCCGAUUUGGAACAAAAUCUUAGAAUAGCCGAAAUUCUCUUUACCUUAGCCUACAAUACCGCCCGUCAACAACAUAAUGAAAAUGCCAUUAAAAUCUUUGAAAAGAACUAUGAGAAAAUGAUACAUGCCAGACGUAAUUUGGGUCUCUUCCAGCAUCAUGAUGCUAUAACGGGAACCUCGAAGGCAGCAGUUAUGCGUGACUACGGCAUGCGUUUGUUUGAAAGUUUACAGGAUGCGGUGAGAAUGCAAGAAUCCACCAUUGAAUUACUCAUACAAGACGGUACCCAAAGACAUAAUUUCCUUUUGAGCGAAUUGGAAAGAGAUAAUUUCAGUAAAUUACCACGUAAAACACCCAUACCUUUAACAGCGUCUAAUGGACAAAACAAUGAUUUCUCAAUUGAAUUCACCUCUUCUUCGGCUGAUGGUAAAUCGGCCUCAUUUGUUGUCUUUAAUCCUUUAACCCACAAACGUGUAGAAGCUAUAACUAUUCGCACCACUACACCGUACAUAAAAAUUAUUAAUGAUAUGGGGGUGGAACUAAGAAAUGUACAAAUAAAUCCGGUUUGGAAUAUUACCGAUCCCUAUGAAAUGGGUAUGGGUAUGAUGGGUUCUAGCAGUGCGGCACGUAUACGCAUUUCUAAACGUCAAUAUGAGGUUAUGUUUAUUGCUGAAAUGGAAGCAUUAUCUUUAACAUCCUAUCAAGUAGUUGUGGAUGAGGUGAACUAUAAACGUUUUAUGUCUUCAAUAUAUUGCGAUGAAUGUUCGGAUAAUGUCGAGGGUACAACAGAAGCGCCAAUGACAAAGGAGGAAUUUGUGGUUAAAUCGAAACCACCAGGUGAUAUAAUGUUUGUUUUAUCUUCCAGGCGAUGUUCAACUCGAAAUAAUUUCAUGCGUAUACUGUUCGACGAAAAGAAUGGAUUCAUGAAGACUAUAACACGCAAAGGACCCGAUCAGCAACUUCUCAAUCCCAUGCAGUGUGCCAUUAAAUUUGCUGCAUAUCGUAGUGCUCAAUUUCAUUCAGGCGCCUAUCUUUUCAAAACUGAUCCCGAACAAAGUGAGGCGGAAAAAGACGUACUCGAACAGUAUGAAGAUAAACGUAUUAUAAUAACAUCUGGUCCCAUAGCCAGUGAUGUAACCGUUAUAUACGGUCCCUUCCUGGCGCAUACCGUACGAAUCUUCAAUACCAAGACACAUCUAGAUGCAGCAAUUUAUAUAGAAAAUGAUAUAGAUUUUGAACCACCACCUAAGAAUAGGGAAACAGAAUUAUUUAUGCGUUUUAUAACCGAUGUAGAUAAUAUAGCUCCCGUUAAUAAGGAUACUUUAAAAGAGGGUGAUACCAUACCAGAAUUGCCGGAAUUUUAUACAGAUCAAAAUGGUUUUCAAUAUCACAGACGCAUUAAAGUUCCCUCGAUAGGCAUUGAAGGCAACUAUUUUCCCAUUACAACGGCUGCCUUUAUGCAGGAUGACAAAGUAAGAUUUACCUUAUUGACAACGCAUGCUCAAGGUGCCGCUAGUUAUGAACCCGGUCAAUUAGAGGUAAUGUUAGAUAGACGUACAUUAUACGAUGACUAUCGCGGCAUGGGUGAGGGUAUAGUAGACAGUCGUCUAACACGUCACAAAUUCUGGGUACUAAUCGAAGAUAUGCCUACAGCCACUGCAAAACAAAAUAAAUACCAAGUACCCAGUCUCUUAAGCAAUUAUCUAGCGAAUGGUUUACGCUAUCCACCCACCACUUAUUUUGUGGAAAACUUCGAUAAUCCACCACAAUUGAAAUCCAAAGCAUUGCUUUUGGAUGAUGGUCCUUGGCCCUGUGAUGUACAUUUCCUGAAUUUCCGUACUCUCUCCGAAGAACAAUUACAAUUGUUCCCCUCAUCAUCGGCUCUUAUGAUAUUACAGCGCCAGGGUUACGAUUGUGCGGUACACAAUAAAAUGGUAGAUUUAUCGAAUCUAUGUCCACUUGAUAAAAAGGGUCUGGGUAAUGUUAGUUUCAAUAAAUUGCAUUUGCAGAGUUUAGAAACAACCAGUUUGACUGGCAUGUUAACAUCACAACAACGUAAGCUUUUGAAAUCCUUUAACGAAAUCACCCUUAAGCCCAUGGAAAUUUUAACGUUUAAUGUUACUUUUAAAACUUAGAUUUUUAAACCUAAAAAUUAAAAAAAAAAAUAAUU